AUGUACUAUCACGACCACGUCGUCAACCCCGAGCACGACCAUAGCCCAACCCCGAUCACGACCAGAGCACAAACCCCGAGCACGACAGAGCACAACCCCGAGAGAGCACGACCAGAGCACAACCCCGAGCACGACCAGAGCAAACCCCGAGCACGACCAGAGCCCAACCCCGAGCACGACCAGACCCAACCCCGAGCAAGACCAGAGCCCAACCCCGAGCACGACCAGAGCCCGACCCCGACACACCAGAGCACAACCCGAGAGAGCACGACCAUAGCACAACCCCGAGCACGACCAGGUCCCAACCCCGAGCACGACCAGAGCACAACCCGAGAGAGCACGACCAGAGCCCAACCCCAGAGAGCACGACCAGAGCCAACCCCGAGCACGACAGAGCCCAACACCGAGCACGACCAGAGCCCAAACCGAGCACGACCAGAGCCAACACCGAGAGAGCACGACCAGAGCCCAACCCCCAGAGAGCACGACCAGAGCCCAACCCCAGAGAGCACGACCAGAGCACAAACCCCCAGAGAGCACGACCAGAGCCACAAACACCGAGAGAGCACGACCAGAGCCCAACCCCGAGCACGACCAGAGCCCAACCCCCAUAGACACGACCAUAGCCCAACCCCGAGCACGACCAGAGCCCAACCCCGAGCACGACCAGAGCCCAACCCGAGAGAGCACGACCAGAGCACAACCCCGGACCGACCAGAGCCCAACCCGAGCACGGACCAGAGCACAACCCCGAGCAGACCAGAGCACAACCCCGGCAGGGACCAGAGCACAACCCCGGAGCAGACCAGAGCACAAACCCCGAGCACGCCAGAGCCCAACCCCGAGCACGCCCAAAGAGCACAACCCAGAGAGCACGACCAGAGCCCAACACCGAGAGAGAAAGACCAGAGCCAACCCGAAGAGCACGACCAGAGCCCAACCCCGAGCAGACCAGAGCCCAACCCCGAGAGAGCAGACCAAGCCCAAACCCCGAGAGAGCACGACCAUAGCCCACCCCCGAGCACACCAACACAACCCCAGAAGCACAACCAAAAGCCCGACCCGAUCCACACCAUAUCAAAAACCCCCACACGACCAAGCCCAACCCCACACGACCAGAAAACAACCCACGACCAAGCCGACCCCAGCACGAACCAGACCCAAACCCCCGAUCACGACCAGAGCACAACCCCGAGAGCACACCACAGCCGACCCCGAGCGCGACCAGAGCACAACCCCGGGAGCACGACCAGAGCACAACCCCCACCCACACCCAGAGCACAACCACGAGCACGACCAGAGCACAACCCCGAGAGAGCACGACCCAGAGCCCCACCCCGAGCACGACCAGAGCCCAACCCCGACGCCCAAGAGCACAACCCGAGCACGACCAGAGCACAACCCGGAGCACGACCAGAGCAAAACCCCAGCGCGCCCAGAGCACAACCCCGAGCGCGACCAGAGCCCAACCCCCGAGCACGACCAGAGCACAACCGCGAGCACACCAGAGCACAACCCCGAGCACGACCAGAGCCCAACCCCGAGCACGACAGAGACAACCCGGGCACGACAGAGCCCAACCCCGAGCAGAGAGAGCACAACCCCGAGCACGACCAGACCCCAAAACCCCGAGCGCGACCAGAGCACAACCCCGAGCAACAAGACCCCAACCCCGAGCACCCCAGAGCACAACCCCGAGCACACCCAAGCACAACCCCGCAGACCAGAGCACAACCCCAGGCCGACCAGAGAAACCCCGAGCAACCAAUCCCGACCCCACCACCAGAGCACAACCCCAGCGCGACCAAGCCGACCCGCGCGACCAGAGCACAACCCACCCGGGACCAGAGCACAACCCAGAGAGCACGACCAGAGCACAACCGGAGCACGACCAGAGCAAAAACCCCCAGAAAGACCAGAGCCACAACCCACGCGACCAGAGCAAAACCCCCGGCACACCUAGCACAAACCCCACCCGACCAAGCCCGACCCCGAGCCUCCAGACCCGACCCAGCACGACCAGAGACAACCCGAGCGCGACCAGAGACAACCCGGGGCGCGCCCAGAGCACAACCCCGAGGACCCACGACCAGAGCACAACCCCGAGCGCGCCCAGAGCAAACCCCCGAGAGAGCAGACCAGAGCACAACCCAGCACGACCAGACCCCAACCCCGAGCGCGACCAGAGCACAACCCGGACGACCAACACAAACCCACACAACACGUGAACCCAUCAACACCAUAGCACAACCCCGAGAUCACUACCAACACAACCCCGAAAUCACCAGAGCCCAACCCCGAUAG